AUGGCCACCCACCUCGCCGCCGUCUGCGUCGCCAAAGGCCAACCGUUCGAGAUCCAAACCCGCCGCACCCCGAAACCUGGGCCAGGCGAACUCCUCGUCGCCGUCAAAUCCGUAGCCCUCAACCCGGCAGACGGCUUGAUGCGUAACCUGGGCAUGUUAAUAUCCACAUACCCCACCGUCAUCGGCUUCGACAUCUCGGGGUUGGUGCUUGAGGUCGGCGAUGGCGUCCCUACCAGUACUACCGAUCAUGAUUCGGGCCUCUUCUUCGAGCCUGGUAUCACCCGCGUAGCCGCCUACGCGGCCUCCUUCUGGAAGUCCUACGACCCGAAUUACGGCGCCUUCCAGGAGCGGUGUCUCGUCCCCUGGCAGCACGCCGUACCCCUUCCGGACAAAACUAUGUCUUGGAACCACGCGGCAACUUUGCCAGUGGCCGUUGAGGUACCCCUGAGCGCGUGGGAUGCCUUGGGGAUUCCCCGUGUGGGAGAAGCCGCCGCUUCUGCUUCUGCCUCCCUUGCCCCUGCCGGUUCCAAUACCGGGGUAGAGAUGAAGAAGAAAAGACAACAAGAAGCACUCCUAAUCUGGGGCGCCUCCUCCAGCGUCGGUACCAUGGGAGUGCAGAGUGCCCGGCUGCUGCGGAAAGACCAGAACUCUCCUUUCGCCGCCGUGUAUGCUACGGCCGGGGCGGCAAAUAUGAAGUAUGUGAGUUCGCUGGGCGCGGACAGCGUGUUCGACCACAGAGACCCCCGAGUGGUGGAUGCGAUAGUUUCAAUGGCCAAGGAGGAUGGGCUGGUGAUCCGGUACUGCUUUCUAGCCACCGGGCAGCUAGGACCAUGUCAGGCCGUGCUUAAGGCUUUCUUUGCGGAUGACGAAACGGAGAAGAAUAAGAAGGCUAAAAUUGCGUCCGCACCUGUAAUACCCCCAGAUGCAGAUGUGGUGGACGGAGUGGAGACCAUCUUCGUGCAGCCUUCCGCAGGGGAAGGUGAGAGGUUGGAGCAGUUCCGAUAUUGGAUGGGUACGUGGCUGAGGGAGAACCUGGCGAAGGGAAGUAUCAGCCCGAGUCCGGAGCCAAGGGUAGUUGGCAAGGGGUUGGGGGCUCUUAAUGCUGGGUUGGAUAUGCUGCAGCAGGGGGUGAGUUGUAUGAAGUUGGUUGUUGAGGUUGAGGAGUGA